AUGGGUUCGUGCACAUCUUUGUGGCUCGUACCAUCGUCAACCAUCGCAUCGAAGAUCGAGAGGUUGAUGAGGAUAUCUCCCCCAAGCGCCAAAUCUCCGUCUUCAUUCCCCAGGUUUGAUCCUCACAUCACCCUCACCACUGUCCCGCCGAGCACAGAACUGUCCCGCCUCCUCGAAGCGAUCCCGGAAGCGACAAGCGUCAUACCCGUCCGCUUCAAGUCGUUGGAUGUCGGCGACAAGUACUUCAUGUCAGUGUAUGUGUCCGUGCAUGAGUCCCCGGAGCUCAUGGCGUUGCGGACACAUCUACGGCAGACCCUUGGCGAACGGACGGUACCUCCCAUCUCGCACAUGUCACUCUACUACAUCGACGAUGCCGAUCGGGAAGAGCGUGCGCAUGUUGCAGAGACAUUGCGAUCGACUGGGAGUGUAGUCGAAAUUGCAGAUGGUGUUAUGUUAAACUGCCAGCCGCUUCCCGUUGAAGGAUCUGCCGCAGAAGACGGCAACGGUAAUGGGCUCGAAGGCUUCGAUGGGGCCGAAAUCUGGGUUGCAAAGUGUGAUGGACAUCCUCGAGAAUGGGCAAUCCUUCACAAGGUUCCUCUUUGCCCUGCUUAA